AUGUCAUCUUUGCAGCUCGAAUCGCUGGGUAUGCUCGGGAAUUGCCAUUUUGCUCCAGAGAAGGUUUUUGAAUGUGUGCUUGAAAUACUUAUAGCUCUUCAUCCAAAGCUUCUUCAACAAGUUGACAAUUUAGCCAGAACACCAUUGCAUAAUGUUACCUGUCUUCAUGGAAUAUCUGAUAUUACAAAGAUUCUAUUAGAGAAAGAUAGCUCUUUGUGUUAUAAAGUGGACAACAAUCACCAAACAACACUUCAUAUAGCAGUGAAAGAAAGGAAUUUGGAUUUAGUCACAAAGAUUUUAAAUUACACCAAAGAUUGCAUACAAAUUGUGGAUAAUGAUAAUGAUGGCAGAACUGCUUUGCACUUGGCCAUUGAAAAUGCAGUGCAGAUUUUUGACAGAAUUUUGAGGUGGAUAAAAACAUUGGUCAUGUUGGUAACAUCAAAGAGGCUGAUUAACAAGCCUGACAAGCUUGGAAAAUCAGCAUUGGACAUAGCCAUGGACAAAAUGGGCAAUGACGAACGUCUUUUCUAUGGGGAUGCAGAUUGGAGUGAGGUAGCACGACACGGAACCCUGGAUGUAUUUGUGGCUUCAGCGGGCUUUGCAAAUGGUGUGGCCUUAACUAAGAUAAAGAGGCACUCCCAUGAUGAUGAGGAUAACCUUUCCACAUACUAUUUCAUAGAAGACUAUGAGCCUAUGGAUUUGGAUGUUGAAGUACAAGAUAAAAAAAGGCUUGUUGAAUUGAAGCAGAAGCGGCCAUUGACAAGAGCAGAGGAAAAUGGGCAUCGUUCCAAGCGAUUUCAGGUGUCACAAAGAGAGAAGAGAGAUAUUCAGAUUUUAUGUCAUGAGGCGAAGGCUAGAGGCGUUAAUGAAUCUGUGAAUGCUUAUUUUAAUGGAGGAGAAGAUGUUUUGUCUCGACCAAAAUGCUUUGAGGUUCACCAGUCUGAUUGGAUGGAUGUGGAUGAUAGUGUCAAUGUGGAUAAGCCUUUCAACAACUCGAUUAAAGUAAAGCUGGUGUCAGGAGGCAGGGGAAUUCGUAAUGGGAGUGAAGGACAUUAUACCUCUGAGUACCUGCAAGAGAAUUUGUAA